GGGAAUUUUAAUAUUUAAAUACCCACCAGCUACCUCAACUUCAAUAGUUUUUUCGGUCAAGGCCGAGUCAAAAAUAGAAUUCUCAUAUGUCGGGAUGACUGGACCAGCAUUUUGGCAUCUUUUACCAAAUUCUUCAAUAUGUCUUGAUGGUCGUCGUCAGUCUCCCAUUAACUUAAGAUCACACACUGAUCUUAAUAAAAAAUUCGAACCACCGUGUAAUGUCCGAGUUAAAAAUAUUGUUAAAGCUGAAUUAGUUCAUACUGGGACUACAAUUGAGGUAGCUUUGGGCAAGGAAGAAGAAGGUGAAGAAGGCAAAGGCAAUGAGUUUCUGCCAGCUAGUUUUACUGUUGGAGAUGAAACUUUUAAACUACUCCAAUUUCAUUUUCAUACACCCUCAGAACAUCGUAUUGACGGUGUGCAUCUUGAUGUUGAAGCACAUUUUGUGUUCAAAAGUCAGAAUGACAAAAUAUCCGUUGUUGCAAUAUUUUUUAACGUUGAUCUUGAGGGAAAGGAGAAUAAAUUUUUUAAGCCUAUCCUUAAAAAUAUUCCAAAACCGAAAGAAGUGAUAAACAUUCGUAAUAUAGGUUUAUCAAAAAUUUUUAGAGAUAUUAAAAAUAUUCAGGAACCUUUUACGUAUAAUGGAAGUUUAACUACUCCACCGUGUACUGAAGGUGUCAGAUGGUGGAUUAAUCAUAAACACAUACAAUCAAUUAGUAGUUGUCAGCAUAAUAAAUUAAGAAAUGCUAUUGGAUUUAAUUCUAGAUUUAUACAACUUAGAGAAUCGGAUUAUGAAUCGGAUUCAAAAAAAGAGAAUUAUUAUUAG